CGUACUCCACUGUUUCUUCUUUCUCUUCUUUCAACUUUCUUUUUUAUUUUAUUUAUCAAUAUUAAACAUUAGACAAGCUUAGUUUAAUCAGAUUUGAAGAAAAAAAAUUCAGCAUUUCAAGCUUUCUGUUCUCUUCUUUGUCUUUUCUUACUUAUUUAAUUGUUUUCUGUCAUUUUUUGUCGGUCUAUACACUAUCCUCCUACAAUACAUCACUUGGAAAACACAAUAUCGUCGCAAAACGCAGAUUUUGACUUUAGAAUGGCUCCAACACCCAAAAAUCCUUUAUCGCCCCUUCUAUUUGAAAAUAAUAGCAGCAACAACUCUGUUUCUGCAUCCUAUUUCCAACAAUUGUUACUUCAGCAACAGCAACAGCAGGAACAACAGCAACAGCAGGAGCAACAACAACAACAACAACAACAACCGUCCACUACCAUGAGUAGCAACAUGAACAAUAGCGUUAUUAGCAGCAACGGAAGAAAAGAAGAUAUCUCCACGAUCUUUGUUGUAGGUUUUCCUGAAGACAUGCAAGAACGUGAAUUCCAAAAUAUGUUUCUGUUUUCUUCAGGUUUCGAAGCUGCCACGUUAAAGGUACCUUCCUGUUCGUCUACUAUGGCAGCAUUAUCAAAGACAGAAAUAAUGGAAGGCGAUGAACUGUUAAAUGAUGGAAGAAAGGAAGGGGAGGGAGACAAGUUAGAACUGGAGCAACAAGAGGACAAUGUUACUCAAUCACAACAGCAACAACAACAACAACAACAACAACAACAAUCAAAUAAAAAGCAGAUCAUUGGUUUUGCAAAAUUUCGUACGCGUAAGGAAGCAUUACUAGCAAAAGAGGUUUUGAACGGCAAAAAAAUAGACACAGGAGUCGUGUUAAAAGCAGAAAUGGCAAAGAAAAACCUACACACAAAAAAGGGAAACCAAAACCAACGCCAACAAAAUCAGCAGCAACGCCAGCAUCAUCUGCAACAGGGUCAAAGUACUCCUCAUCAUCACCAAAGAAUAGCCUCCGCUUCUGCUAUUUUUGACACUACAAAACUUCAGAACAACAACAAUAAUAAUAAUAUUGACUCAAUCAUACUGUCUCCUACAGACUCUACUGAUUUCUAUGUUCAUACUAAUCACAGCAACAGCUCUUUUAUCAACAGCAAUAAUAAUGAUCUUCAUACCCUAGACAUUAUAGAUAGCACUGCAAGUAACAACAAUAUCAUAUCAUCUUCAUUCUUGAAAAGACUUCAACAGCGAAAUCAUCACCAGCAGCAGCAGCAACAACAACAACAACAACAACAGCUCCAUGGCAAACAUCACAUCGGCAAUAGUGGUAGUAGUACUCCUCUCACGAUAGAUACUUCUUCGCCUGCCACGUAUCAACAUAUCAACUCUAUCUUUCACUCUCCAUAUCUCAAUCACCCAUCCCAUCCUCAUCUCCAACACUCACACCAUACUAUCCAUAACAGCAUUAUCGCAUCACCAUCCACAUCUUCUACCAGCCUUCUAUUAACUAAACUGGAUGCUUUAGCAGCAUCAGCCACGGCACCUGUGACGACUACCUCUUCACCUCUACUCUCGCCACCUCCAUUCUUGGGUCUGUUAUCUCCUACGAAUAGUUAUCAGCAGCGGGGCCCUAAUAACGUAGGCACAUCACCCUCGGCUACCAAUAGCAAUAGUAGUCUUAUGCUCAACAACAACAACAACAACAACAACAACCCAGCAGAUCAAAACCCGCCUUGUAACACGCUCUAUGUUGGUAACCUCCCUCCCAACACAAACGAACAAGAAUUGAAGCAUUUGUUUUCCAAAUGCUCAGGCUACAAGAGGAUGUCAUUUAAGCAAAAGGCGAAUGGUCCCAUGUGCUUUGUUGAAUUUGAGGAUACGAUUCAUGCUGCGCAAGCCUUACAAGAACUGCAUGGGGUGCCUUUGUCUAAUUCUGUGAAGGGAGGAAUACGAUUAUCGUUUAGCAAAAACCCUUUGGGCGUUCGGCAAUCCAAUCCAUCAGCAAUUCUUCCUACAACAUCCACAAGCACAUUCUUGCAUAGUUAUCAAUAGUAAAGCAACAUAUCACCACGUUUUUUAAAAGAAGAAAAAAAAAGAAAAAGAAAACAAAAGGGACAAUUUUGAGUAAGAACUGCAUAACGAGUACCUAAACAAAAAAAUAACUUAUUAGGAAAGAAGAUCACUUCUUU